UCUUGGGCCGCGGAGCUUUUCCCAUCGAGACAACAAGACGAGCCACGCGCUGACGCGCAAACCGAACCCACCACCACCACCAAACGAACCCACCUCGCCCGGCGACCCCGUCGACUCGCGUCCCCGCCGCCGGCAGACACGGGCAACGCCAGCGCGGCUCCGAGAUCGGCUGGCAGGAUGAUGAUGCUGAUCAACUGCUCGGGGUGCCGCACCCCGCUGCAGCUGCCGCACGGGGCGCCCUGCAUCCGCUGCGCCAUCUGCGGGGCCGUCACGCACGUCGCCCCCGCCCCCCACGCCGACCCCAGCCGCGGCGCCGUGCAGCCGGCGCCGGGGUGGAGCCCGCCCCCGCCGCCGGCGCACGGGCGGAAGCGCGCCGUGGUGUGCGGGAUCUCGUACCGCUACUCGCGCCACGAGCUCAAGGGAUGCAUCAACGACGCCAAGUGCAUGCGGCACCUGCUCAUGACGCGCUUCAACUUCCCCGACGAUUCGAUCAUCAUGCUCAACGAAGAACAAACCGACCCCUACAAAAUCCCAACAAAGCAUAACAUAAGGAUGGCCAUGUAUUGGCUUGUACAAGGUUGUCAGCCUGGAGACUCACUGGUGUUCCAUUAUUCUGGGCAUGGAGCACAACAAAGAAACUACAGUGGAGAUGAGGUUGAUGGUUUGGAUGAAACUCUCUGCCCAUUGGAUUUUGAGACACAAGGAAUGGUUGUGGAUGAUGAGAUAAAUACGGCACUUGUUAGACCACUUCCUCAUGGAGUUAAACUCCACGCACUCAUUGAUGCUUGUCAUAGUGGGACUGCACUUGAUUUGCCAUUCCUCUGCAGAAUGAACAGGAGUGGUCAAUAUGUCUGGGAAGAUCACCGGCCACGAUCAGGUGUCUGGAAAGGCACUAGUGGUGGGGAGGCUAUUUCAUUUAGUGGUUGUGAUGAUGAUCAGACCUCUGCAGAUACUUCUGCUUUGUCAAAGAUCACUUCAACUGGCGCAAUGACAUUCUGCUUCAUCCAAGCCAUUGAACGUGGCCAGGGCACCACCUACGGUAGUAUCCUGAACUCUAUGCGUACGACAAUCCGCAGCACGGGCGAAUCAGCAGGUGCUGGUGGUGGUGCCGUUACAUCACUCAUUACAAUGCUUCUGACGGGAGGGAGCCUUUCCACUGGUGGUCUGAGACAGGAGCCACAGCUGACAGCGUGCGAGCCAUUCGAUGUCUACGCGAAGCCUUUCUCGCUAUGACGGUUCCUGGUAUUCCCGAAGAAGCUACUAUAUAGGUGCUCCCGUUUCACGUUAUCAUGUACAUUUUCGUUAUUGAAGUGAUCCAUCCAUCCCAUAAAAUAGAGCUGAAAUGUAUGCUUGUCGAUUUGACAUCUAUUUUACGACGAUUUCCAUAUUUGAAUCAUUCACGAUGCGGGCUAUUGCACUUUAUUACUUGUUCAGGACCCAUAAUGUUUGCACAGUUGGUACGACAACAGCCCAA